CCCCUACGCCGAGCCGCCCCUGGGCCGCCUGCGCUUCCAGCGGCCCCGGGCGCCGCGGCCCUGGAGCGGGGUGCUGGAGGCCUCGGCGCACCGGCACGCCUGCUACCAGCCCGUGGACACCAUGUACCCGGGCUUCGGCGGCUCCGAGAUGUGGAACCCCAACCGGGAGCUGAGCGAGGACUGCCUCUACCUCAACGUGUGGGCGCCCUGGCCGCGGCCCCGCAACGCCUCGGUGCUGGUGUGGAUCUACGGCGGCGGCUUCUACAGCGGCGCCGCCUCGCUGGACGUCUACGACGGGCGCUUCCUGGCGCAGGCCGAGCGGGUGCUGGUGGUCUCCAUGAACUACCGCGUGGGCGCCCUGGGCUUCCUGGCGCUGCCGGGCCACCCCGAGGCGCCGGGCAACGUGGGGCUGCUGGACCAGCAGCUGGCCCUGCGCUGGGUGCGCGGCAACAUCGGGGCCUUCGGCGGCGACGCCGGCGCCGUCACCCUCUUCGGCGAGAGCGCCGGCGCCGCCUCCGCCGGCCUCCACCUGCUCUCGGCCGGCAGCCGGCCGCUCUUCCGCCGCGCCGUGCUGCAGAGCGGCUCGCCCAACGGGCCCUGGGCCACCGUGGCGGCCGCCGAGGGCCGCCGGCGGGCCGGGCUGCUGGCCAAGCUGCUGGGCUGCGGCGGCGGCGGCGGCGGCGGCGGCGGCGGCGGCGGCGGCAACGACACGGAGCUGCUGGGCUGCCUGCGGGCCAAGGAGGCGCGGGAGCUGGUGGAGAAGGAGGCGCUGGUGCUGCCGCAGCAGGGCAUCUUCCGCUUCGCCUUCGUGCCCGUGGUGGACGGGGAGUUCCUGGCCGACAGCCCCGAGGCGCUGCUGAGCGCCGGGGGCCGCCCCGAGGCGCAGGUGCUGCUGGGGGCCGUGCAGGACGAGGGCAGCUACUUCCUGGUGUACGGGGCGCCGGGCUUCGGCAAGGACAACGAGAGCCUCAUCAGCCGGGAGGAGUUCCUGGGCGGCGUGCGCCUGGGCGUGCCCCACGCCAACGAGCUGGCGGCCGAGGCCGUGGUGCUGCAGUACACGGACUGGCUGGACCAGGACAACCCCGUGAAGAACCGCGAGGCGCUGGACGACAUCGUGGGCGACCACAACGUGGUGUGUCCCCUCAUGCACUUCGCCCUGCGCUGGGCCGAGCGCGGCGGCACCGUCUUCGCCUACCUCUUCGACCACCGCGCCUCCACCAUGCCCUGGCCCCCCUGGAUGGGGGUGCCGCACGGCUACGAGAUCGAGUUCGUCUUCGGGCAGCCGCUCGACCCCGGCCUCAACUACACGGCCGAGGAGCAGCAGCUCAGCCGCCGCAUCAUGCGCUACUGGGGCAACUUCGCCCGCACCGGGGACCCCAACGAGCCGUCGGAGCGGGAGCGGCGGUGGCCGUCCUACACGGUGGCGGGGCAGCGCUACGCCCGCCUCAACGCCCAGCCGCUGGCCGUGGCCCAGGGCCUCCGCGCCCAGGCCUGCGCCUUCUGGACCCGCUUCCUCCCCAAGCUGCUCAACGUCACCGACAACAUCGAGGAGGCCGAGCGGCAGUGGCGCCUGGAGUUUCACCGCUGGAGCUCCUACAUGAUGCGCUGGAAGAGCCAGUUCGACCACUACAGCCGCCAGGACCGGUGUGCCGAGCUCUGAUUGACACCAACACCGCUACCACCACC